CAUUCUCUAGGCCGACGCACCUUACAGGGGUAUGCGCGCGCGUCUGCCACUUGCCGGUAAAUACAUACGCUCUCCACUGGUCAACUUAUGGGCGACGAAGCAGUUGGCAACAUUGCUAAAAAAUCUCGACCCCUGAUCCUUCGUGCCAGAUUCCAAUGAUCGUGUUUUUCUUUACCGCUUCCGCAGGACUUUCAGAUCGACGGUGAUCCUGCCUGUAAGUGAACAAUACUGGAGAUUAUUCGAAUGACAGAUUGAAUGGCUGAUUUGUCAUUGCGCGCCAUUUGGUUUUCGAUUAACCUUGACUUGGUGUCCAAAAUUUGCCAGAAGAGAUCAAGUUAGAUCGGAUUAUGUUUGGGUGAACAAGCUUCCAGAGGGAAAUACCACUAAAGCGAUUACAGUUUCUCGUUAAGGUGUGACCCAAUUAGCAGUUUAAACGCUUAGAUCUGAGCUGGUAAUGCAGAAUAAAGUUGAUAAGGUAGAAAGCUGUUUCUAAAUCGUCGUGACGCCCCUGCAUAUAUCGCAUACUCAGUGGUUGUACGUUAGGCGAGUGAUCGAGGUUUCGAUUUGAUACACUCUGGUUCCUUCUAGAAAUUUUAGAACAGAGCGACAAGUUUUGAGAGACGCGAGUGACAUUAUUCGAAAUUGAAAAUGUCAGAAAGUACGAAUACCAAGCUUGAUACGGUCAAGCCUAUGCCUGUGGCCAUACCAUCUGAUUCAUCCAAGAAACCAGUCAAGUCAACCGCCGUUGUAAAAUACUCGGUCGUCCAAACACCAGCAACUUAUGCUCAAUUACAAUGCAACACAGACUUAAAUUUGCCACCGAGCAACUGGCUCAGCAGUUCUGCAGAAAGUUAUGGCCUGCAGAGUGUAUGGUCUCAGACCUCUGGAUUUUCCAGUUUUCGUAUGGCACAUAUGUUCCCUGAUUGCGUAGGGGAAGUUGAUGUUGUGUCGGAUGCAGAGAAUAUAAAAAAACUGCUGAAAUUGCCUUACAACCAUGGAGUCAUAUCGAUGGUGGUACACAGAAUAGAGAACACUUUGUUGCUAGAUGACUUUGAUAUUCACAAGUACUUACUUAGACAAGCGGAAAACGACUGGGAAUGGUUAAAGAAAUUUUUCUACGAGCAUAUUUUCCAGAAUCUGGGAGAUAAAGAAAAGCGUCUGUUUCAUAAGACAAACAGUAGAAAUACUUUGCAACAGAGGAACCUAGUAUCCAAAUUUUUGUAUCGCUCGAUAGUAGUAGCAGACAGCAAAGAGCAACAUACCAAGCCACAGUUACCAGUGAAAACAUUGAAGCCAUGCUUGCCAGAACCUUCUCAGGAAGAAAAAGUCCCAGAUCCGAAUUAUAAUCAUAAUUUUGCGAGAAAUAUCGUCUGGACCUUCGAGAACAUACAGAUGCUAAUUGGUACUGAUAUGCCGAUAUUUGGAGGGCAAACUCACCCAUGUAUAAGCCUCAGAUUAAGAGAUAUGACUAAACCUAUUAACGUGUUAACUGGUAUAGAUUAUUGGCUGGACAAUUUGAUGUGUAAUGUACCAGAAGUGGUAAUGUGUUAUCAUUUGGAUGGUAUUGUACAAAAGUAUGAAUUAAUUAAAACAGAAGAUCUUCCUAAUUUAGAUCACUCUAAGUUCAGUCCCAAAGUUAUCCGAGAUGUAGCGCAGAAUAUUUUAAGUUUCUUAAAGAACAAUUCAACCAAGGCUGGGCAUACUUACUGGUUGUUCAAAGGCAAAGAUGAUGAUGUUGUAAAGUUGUAUGACUUAACUUCUUUGUGUAAUGAUGUAUCGGAUGAAAAGGGUCAGAAUCCAUUUACUGUACCUGUUGCUAUGUUACUAUAUAGAGUAGCCCGUAACAUGAAAUACUCUUCUGAUUAUCGUAGGCAGCAGGGUACUAUUAGAAUGCUAUUAAGAAAUUGCAUACAACUAUUGACUAAAGAAAAGUACCCACAGAUUGUAACAUCUGCACAUUUUAUGCUAUCUGAUUUGUAUAUACCAUCUGAUACCGAUCCUGCUAGUCCAGCGUUGUCGGAUCAGAGUGAUGAAGAGGAUAUGCAAAGUGAAUUCAGUAUAAACAACGAGAACGAGAAGGAUUUAAUGGACGAAAUCGAAGAAGCUGCAAUUAAGUCUUUAACAUUAGCUAAUAUUAAAGAGCACGCAGAAUGCGAAGAACCUAAAUAUAAACCACCACCAAUUGCAGGCACCAUCGAAGAAAGAUGUUUAGCCGCUCUAGAUCAUGUUUAUCACGGACUCGAAUGUCUACAGUAUUUUCCGAUCGAAGAUAAUUCUGAAGAUGAACGGAAGAAAGAGGAUGAAGAAGAAAAGAAGAAAAGAGUAUACGAAGAGAAUCAUUUAAAUAUGGCUAAACCUUUCCAGGCAAUUCCUAUGCCUUAUAUUUCUUUGAAAGAAGAUAAGAAAGAAGUUGACGUCGAAGUGAGUUCAGUAAAUAAUAGUCCUGUGCAUAAAAAGAAAUCCAAGCAAAAGAAGGUGAAGAAACUUGAAAAAAUUAUUUCAAAAAUGGACUCUCACGAGAACGGACCAAAAGCACUGUUAUGUAAGCUUAAAAAUGAAACCUUACCUACAUGGCAGGCACCUCAAAAAAGUGAUAAUAUAAGUUGGAACGUUCAUUUAAAGACAUUAUUAUACGAAAAGGCUUCGUUGAUUUUUGCCGUGCUCGCUGAAAAUGAAUAUGCUAAUAGAAAUUACGGAGCGUCGUUAAGAUAUAUGUUAGCAGUCCUACGUUGUCAGAAGAUGUUGGAAAUAUUUUGUGAUAUACGGAACGAUAAAUCAAUAAGCUAUUUAUUGGGACGUGCUGGAGACUGUUGUUUUAUGGCUGUACAAGACUGGUGUAAUGUCGAGAAACACAGGAGAGAUUACGAGAUGAAGAACGAAAUUGAAGAAAGCAUUGUCGAGGAGAUAUAUCGAAUGGAAGAUAUAGACAUGAGUAUGUUCAUAGCUAAAAAAUAUACAAAAGACUAUCUUGUUAUAAGUUCUCUAUUUAAAAUACUUUAUAUAUUUAUAGAUAUUGAAUUAUUGCCACAACGUUUAGAAAGUUUAGAGUCUACCUUAGUAGCAUCUUAUAAGUGCUACGAGAAAGCAUUGUCGUUAGAACUGAUGGAUAUGGAUAGAAAUAAUCUCUUAAGGCGAUUAGGAAACAUUCAUAACGAGUUAGGUGUACUUUACAUGAAUCAAGCUGGAACGCGGUACCAACAAGAGAAUUUAGCGGAAGAAACAUCAACCUCUUCGGAAGGAGUAACAACGCUACUUACACGGUCGCUAACUCAUUUGGAAGCAGGCGUGAAAGCGUUCGAAACUGUCCAUGAUGAAGCAAAUUUAGCACUUUUACAUUCAAAUACCGGAAGACUUAUGCGACUUUGCGCACAUAUGCACGUUAAACAGAACACUCAAGAACGUCACUUUUAUAAUAAAGCGCUUGCAAGUUAUCAGAAAGCCUUGCAAGUUUUAGGUUCAAAGAAGUCAAACCCUGUAAUUUGGGAUACUAUUACAUGGGACCUGUCCACUACUUUGUUCACUAUGGCUACAUUAUUACAGGAUUAUCCUACAACUGGAUGCAAAACUGAAGAAGAAUUAGAACGGGAGGUCGUCGAUAUCCUACAGAAAGCUCUGAAGCAUUGUGAUAUUGAAACUGCCGGGCCAAGGCAACCAGUAUAUCAAUUUCGCGCUGCAAUAAUUCAACAUCGACUCGCAUCGUUAUAUCAUCGUGUAUACAGAGAAUAUGAACCGGAUGCGGACAAUAUUAGAAGAAAAACAAGCUUGCAACUUUGCAAGCUGUAUUACGAUAAAGCUGCGAAGCUUUUGUUAGCUUUGGAACAAACUACGGAGUUUCUGACGGUGCAGAUGGAAAGAGUUGCUUUAGCUGAACAUCAAGCGCGUUGUGCCACAACCUUUAACAAUAAAUUAAAAGCAUAUCAGAAUGGUCUUCAGUUAAUUCUACAAUGUAGACCGAUUAUCGAUAUAUUAUGCGAUAGAAACAAUUCUCAGAAGCAGAAUGCUAUUAGCAAUAAGAUAGGGAAAGAAAGUAUCGAGGAAGGAAAACCAACUGAUGAACAGAAAUUGAUAGAGGAUGAAGAAAGUCUAGUGGUAUUGUUGGAACAGCGAUUACAAUUUAUCUUGCGAUCUUUGACGAAAUUAUUUGUUACUAAGAAUAGUAACAGUAGCAAAAAAGAGUCAGAAACACUUACCAAUUUGUACAAACAGUGUUACAGUAAAACAUUACGGCCGGUCACGAUGUCUGGUUUCAAGUUAAUACAGCAUAUUGUACAACUUUUACGGGAGUUGGAAAAGAUGUUACCACCUAUAGAAACUUGAAUAUACUUAAUUGUAUAUAUUGUUUGUGUGCCAGUUUAAAAAUAAUUUAUAAAGUUUCAACCAACGAACACGAGUCCUUCCCCGAGAUCGAUGGAAUAUGGUCGACGUUGAAUUAUCGAUUCUCUUGGCCCUCUAAAAGGUCCUUCGUAAUUUGGUCAUUGACGCUGGUCGUUAUUUCAUUUGCGAGAUAAAGCCUUAAUGAGGGUAACGUUCUUUAACUCAUGUACGAGAUAGAGACUUUUUUUUAUUCUAGUGUGUACAUAGUGAGAUGGAAGCUUUUAUUUAUAUAUGAUUUAUAAGCGAGAAAUAAAAAGCUUAUACGAAUCAUA